CCUCAAAGGCUCAAACUAACUUACUUCCAGUGGAAAUGGCGCAGCAACUUCCGUGUGACUCUGAUGGCCAAUGCAUGCUUUGCAAACAGAAACCCUCUCCCUCCCAAACUCUCGCGUGUCGCACGUGCGCCACACCAUGGCACCUUUCUUGUCUCCCUUCGCCCCCUCUCUCCCUCUCCGACACCCACUGGGACUGCCCCGAUUGCUCCGACCUUUCCAAUCAUCAACCCGUUGCCCCCUCCGCCCAUCUUCUCUCCGCCAUUCGCCACAUUCAGUCCGACGCUUCACUCACUGACCAUCAAAAGGCCAAAAAGCGUCAACAACUCCUCGCCGGCGCCGGCGGAUCCUCCGCAGAGCCCUCCAAGACCACCGAUAUAUUCGACGGAAGCUUAAACUGCUCUUUUUGCAUGCAGUUACCGGAGAGACCAGUCACGACUCCUUGCGGACACAACUUCUGUUUGAGAUGUUUCGAGAAAUGGAUCGGACAGGGAAAACGCACAUGCGCAAAUUGCCGGGCUCUGAUCCCAGCGAAGAUGGCGAGUCAGCCCAGAAUCAAUUCCCAGCUGGCGAUGGCCAUUCGAUUGGCGAAAGUGGCCAAGUCAGGUGGGCCUUCCGGGGCGCCCAAGACUUAUCAUUUUGUCCACAAUGAGGAUCGGCCCGACACUGCUUUCACGACAGAGCGGGCUAAGAAAACUGGGAAGGCGAACGCCUGUAGUGGUAAGAUUUUCGUCACUGUUCCUCCCGACCACUUUGGGCCCAUUCCGGCUGAGAACGACCCGACUCGUAACCGUGGCGUUCUUGUUGGGGACACGUGGGGUGACCGCCUGGAGUGUCGGCAGUGGGGUGCUCAUUUGCCUCAUGUUGCCGGCAUUGCUGGACAGAGUGCUUAUGGUGCUCAGUCUGUUGCCCUUUCUGGUGGCUACGAGGAUGAUGAGGACCAUGGUGAAUGGUUCCUCUACACUGGUAGUGGUGGCAGAGAUCUCACCGGUAACAAGCGCACCUCCAAGGUCCAAUCCUUUGACCAGUCCUUUACCAGCUUGAAUGAGGCCUUGAGACUCAGCUGCAAAAAGGGUUUUCCUGUUAGGGUUGUAAGGUCGCACAAGGAAAAACGUUCCUCUUACGCACCAGAAUCUGGAGUGCGUUAUGAUGGGGUUUAUAGGAUAGAGAAAUGCUGGCGCAAGGAUGGAAUUCAGGGUUUGAAGGUCUGUAGGUAUUUGUUUGUAAGAUGUGAUAAUGAGCCAGCACCGUGGACGAGUGAUGAGUGUGGAGACCGACCCCGCCCGCUGCCUAAAAUUGAUGAGCUGAAGGGUGCAGAGGGUGUAACUGAGAGGAAGGGUGAUCCAUCAUGGGAUUAUGACGAGGAAAAGGGGUGCUGGUUGUGGAAGAAGCCUCCGCCAGAGAGCAGGAAAUCAGUGGAAACGGUGCAUAAAGAUGGGACAAAAGUGAGGGUUAAACGAAAAGCAAAGGAUGUGUCCGUGAAAGAAAGGCUAUUGAAAGAGUUUGGUUGCCAAAUCUGUCGCAAGGUGUUGUCUUCCCCUCUGACUACACCUUGUGCUCACAACUUCUGCAAAGCCUGUUUGGAGGGUGCCUUUUCUGGCCAAAGUUUCAUCAGAAACAGGGCUUGUCAAAGUGGACGCACUUUAAGAGCACAGAAGAGUGUUAUGAAAUGCCCAUCAUGUUCAAAUGACAUUGCUGACUUUCUCCAGAAUCCACAGGUUAAUCGAGAAAUGAUGGGUGUUAUAGAAUCACUUCAGAGCCAAGCCGAAGAGGAUGAAAAAUCUGAAGAGUCAAGUGAUAAAAAUGAUGAAAAUCUGCAUGAUGCGAUGGAGGUUUCAAAAUCUACUGAUUCUAGUGAGAAAGUCCUGGAGGAAAUUAAGGACAGUGAUUUGAAUCAACCACACAAACGAAGGAAAGAGUGAUGCAUGGCUGCGAUAUUUUUUUGGAUCAUGGAUUAUCAUUGAUGUUGAAAACAUUGAGUGCUAGUAUAGACUGUUAGACAUGACUUUGUAUGUGUUUCUGGUCUACUUUUGAGUGCUAGCAUUUAGUCUUGUGGUUUGGAUUGGAGGCUCCUCCGUUGGAAUAUUGCUAUCUCCUAUAUUGGCGGGUUUCAUGUCGGGAAAAUGAGAAUGAAUAUAUUUUCCGUUGUCACGCAUAUCACAAAGAAUUGAACUCUCUUUUCCGUAAAAA